AAGUUUGUCGUCAAGCUCAGCAGGAAUUCAGCGACGAAGUUGGUUUAAAAGCCUAAUUUAUGUUGGAAUUACUAAAGCUCAUCAAAGAAUGAUUCAAAUCUUUGACGAAAUAUUAUUCAGACACGAAGAACGAAAUGCAUCACGACUCUGCUUGAAAGAGAAACUUAAUAAAACGGCAAUGCAGCACGAAGGCCUUGAUGCCUUAUUUAAUAAACCGGACGAAGUUGAUAUCGAACUGAAGCAAAGCGGGGAAGAAAUAUACGUCGCUAAAGGGGGAAAACAUGAGAUACCGGAAAGAUAUGUUCUCGAAGGUAUAAAUGGCCAAGCAUUUCAUGGCUCAGGUCUCACCAGUGUUGCUGAUGUUAAAAAGCACGUAUUUAAGUCUGAAGAGUCAUACCCACUGACGUUAAAGUUUAAAAAGCGAAGUGCUGAAGCUAAGUGUAUUUCACAACACAGCAUGAAGCAUCCUGUGGCUGAGGAUUUUUUUGGAGAGUAUCCAGAAUUGACACCAGAGGAAGUAGACGAGUAUGCGAAUUUGGCUCAUUCCUGGGUCGACAGCCUUUUAAAUGCUGAAAAUUCCAAUGAGGGCUUUAACUUUGUUUGUAACAAAGACGGUGUUGACGUUUAUCAGGGGAAAGUUCCUGGAAGCAAAAUCCAUUUGAUUCGCGGAAAGUCCAAGAUUAAGGCAACAAAAGAGGAGAUGAAAGCUAUGAUGAUAACGCCGUCUUCUGAUUCUUUUCGACGAUUGUUUCACAUGAUUGACGCCCUUUUUACAGACGGUCUGAUGUUACAUCGAUUUCCGAAGAACUACAAGCAUCCUGAUAUGCCGUUCUACGCUAUCAAAUGGGCAAUAUUUGACGCCCCUGGUCCAGUGAGCGCUCGAGAUGUUUGCUGGCUGGAGUAUGGAGAUAUCAGACAAGACGAACGUGGUAGAGAGUUUGGAUUUGGUGUGGCUUCGUCAAUACUCCGUCCAGAGUGUCCUGAACUUAGUCAUCUACGUCUGAUCCGAUCCGAGAUGAUCAGUUCUGGUUACGUGUUCAGACGUAGUGAAGACCCUGAUGUGUUAGAUGUAACUUACGUCAUACAAGCUGAUCCUAAAGGAUGGCUGCCUGUGUGGGCGAUCAAUAUGUUCGCUUGGCAACAAGCUUUGAAUUUAGCAAGAAUAAGAUCCUGUUGCGAGGGUAUAGUGAAAGCUAUGAAAAAGAUAGACGAGCAACACGAUAGAAGAGAAGCCCCAGUCCAAGGAGUGUUGAUAUCUCACGGCCACUCUUAUGAUGUUCACAUAAACGUGGAAACAAGCAGCACACUAAUAUUUGGCUUUUGUUCGGAAAGUCAUGAUCUAGGUUUUCAGUUACUCGGAGCUGAUGAAAGCGCUCCUUGGGCAAUAACUAAGCGCUACGACAGUCAUAUAAAUCCCAUCUAUGGAAAGGUCUCCGUGGAAAAGGGGCAGUACGCCCUUCAUUUGGACAAUACAUACAGUUGGCUUCGAUCCAAACACGUGUACUAUUGGUACAAAGUAUUUUAACAGGGAAUAAUUGUCUAAAUCCAUCUGUAUAAUAAUUUCUGCAAUUCCAUCUCAACAAUUUCAACUCCAUUUUUUUUGUCAAAUUUGACUAAAUUUUUCGAACAAAACCGUCGUGAAACUGAUUCGUUUGCUGCCAAAUUUCCGCUUAAUUGAUGUAUUUUCCAAUUACUGAACAAUAGUUACAAAGUUGUAACUUAACAGCAUUACAGCCAAUGACAUGAGCAAUAAACCCGAGGAUUGCACGGGAGUGAAAUUAGAUUGGGUGGAAUUGAAAAAUAAAAUAUAGUUCACAUUGCCCGUUGAUGCAACUGAUAAAGUAUUGGAACAAAUCUUAUUUGUGAAAUCAAGAAUAACUGAAUAACAGUUUAAUUUACAUCCGUGUUUCAAGAAUGGCUUCAUUCUGUAUUGAACGUUUAUAUGGUUUCCAAAAUGUUUAAGUAAUUAGGUGCUCUUUAACCACGUUGCAAUAUAACCACGCAAAGAUCAACAACCUCGCAUUGAUUGCGGUUUAACAACUGCCUAAAAUAGACCAACACGAUGUUUCGACCCAAGAGCCGUUGUCACGGGAUUUAGUACUUUGUCUAUUUUAGGCAGUUGUUACACCACAUUUAAUGCGUCCUCUAAACACAUUUUUAAAAACAAAAGAAUAUUAAUAGUAUAACAAGCUCAGAUGUCCGUAG